AUGAAAUCGAGUGAUGUCUCGAUAUUGAUCCCCCGCGGCACACCAUGUCCCCAAUCGUCACAAUCACUCCAAUUGGCUCUCGUCGUUUUAUCGAUUGGUGCAGCUUCACAUUUUAUGUUAUUUCUCGACUCUGUUGUGGACAAUCUCCUCCCAGCCGCAAUGCCUUUCCUUUUAUCGAUUUACAAAACGAAAGAAGAGGCCGAUAAAGCCUGGGAAUUCUUGGUGUCUAGCCGAAUUUAUGGGCUUGCCGUUGGGUGCUUUCUCUCGAUCUACUUCUCGAAUAAAUAUGGGAGAAGGAUGCCGAUCCUCAUCGGCACCGUAAUGGAUAUCAUUGGUGUCUUCCUGACAGUUCUCACCGUUUACAUGCCCGGUGGAGUUUCCGUGGCCGUUGUGGGACGAUUCAUCAACGGAAUCGGGCAAGGAAUUGUUCAGACUUCUGGUUCGGUGAUGCUGGCCGAGAUUCCGCCAUUGAGACGGCGAGGCACUGCUUUGGCCACUUUGACAAUGUGGGCCUGCAUGGGAGAGCUUGGGGGAAUGCUGAUCUCAUUGGAGGAGCUGCUUGGAACCUCAAAACACUGGCAUAUCGCGAUGGGUGUUCCAUUGUUGCCCCUAAUGCCGGCUCUCUACAUCCUCUACAAAGCGCCCGAAUCGCCAAGAUAUCUUUUCAUGAUCAACCGAGAAGCGGACGCGAGGAAAGCGCUCAGCUUCUAUCAAAGUCCAGUCGAUGCGCGACAAACGAUCGAUGAGAUUUUAGAUGAAAUGAAAUUGGAAGACGUUGACAUCAAUUCGAACACCCCGAAGAAGAAAAUAAACCGAGAGCCGAGUGUUUCGCAGGUUUUCGAGAGACUAAAAGACGGCUAUUUCUCGCGUCCAUUGCUGAUCGCUUUGUUCGUGCAAUCGUUCGUUCAUUUGGAUGAUUGGCUAUGGAUCUCCUAUUCGACCCAGAUUUUCGAAAACGUCGGCCUCUCGGCGAAUCGAGCACAACGGGCUUCGUUGCUCAUGUCUUUGCCACAGGCAGUGAUUUCGAUAGCGCUUCUCGGAUGUUUCGACAAUUUUUCCCGAAGAGCUCUCUUGAUUUUGCCGACAGUUGGAAGUGUGUUGAUCGGGUUGAUGGCGAUUCUGUUCACAACGUUUGAGAAAGUGCUUCUUCGUGGCAUUCCGAUCGCCGUUGUUCUGCCCAUUUUAGCCGCUUUUGAUCUUUCGGCUGCUGCCAUCUCUGGUGAAAGCGCUUUUGCCAUCGUCCCCGAGUUGUUUUUACAAAAUGACAAGAUUCUUGGCACGGCUAUUGUUGGAAUUGCACAGAAUGUAUUCGGCGGGAUUCUCACGAACUUUCUGCUGACCGCAGUGAAUCACUUGGGCACAGAGAACGUGUUGGUUCCAUUUGUGAUGAUGAAUGCUCUCUAUGUGUUCAUCAAUUAUUACCAUCUACCGGAAACAGCUGAGAAAACACCACAGGAAGUUGCCUUGCACUUUUCCCCCAAUCCUCCAUUCGAGUCAUCAAUCGCUUGGCUUUCUCGGAAAUACCAUGAAAUCUCUCUUUCGAUCAUUCCUACGAAGCUUUUCUCCCUCUCCACUCUGAUCCAGUUGCUGAUUUUCAUCACUCAAGUCAUUUUCUGUGUACUUUUCCUCAAUUUUUCGUAUAAUUUGGGUAGCCAAUUGUUGCGUUUGGCGGCACAAAGUCUCGGGAAA